UCCGUAUGAGCUGAAAAAAAAACGACUUUUCUUGUAAUUUAUCCGAUUUGCCCGCUGUCCAGGCGAUGGAUAUCACCAGCUACCUCGUCCUUCAUACCUCCUACUACACGGCUAGCCAGAUGAAAGCGUAUAAAAGCCUGGAAGCUUUCAACUACUUCGUGUGUGGAUGGGUGAAUGACCUCGGCACCAAAGAGGCAUUAAACAAAUGUCGCCUUGUUUUUGCCCGGGUCAACCAUUCCCAGAGGUCUGGAGAAACACCAUUAAAAACGUGGAUUGUAGCUAAAGAAGAUGGAGAGGUUCUUACAGCACACUGUAACUGCAUGGCUGGUUUGUCAGAAUCCUGCUCACAUGUUGGAGCAGUUCUGUUUGCAAUCGAAGCAGGUGUGAAGAUGAGAGAGACUGCAUCCUGCACCACUGAGAAGUGCAAGUGGCUAAUGCCAUCACAUGUCAAAAAGAUUCCUGCUGCUCCAGUUGCGAUGAUAGACUUUUCAUCCGCAAAAUCCAAAAAGCAAAAACUGGAUGAUACCAUUGCUGGAAGGACAGGUGAGAAGCACACAUUUCAGCGUCCCACAGUCCAGGGUUCAAAAUUGGAGCGAGGAUCAGAGAGGUAUAUGCAGUUUUUCAAGACUUUGAGCAGAAAUUCCCCAAGAAGUGCUGCACUGAUGUCCAGGGAACCAUAUUACAGAGAAUUUGUCCCUAAAUCUGUGAGCAAGCUACCUAAACCACUACCUCAGUAUAGGACACCAGAGAUGCUACAGCUAUCCCCAACAGAGUUGCAGAAUGCAUGCCAGCACUUCAGACAGGAAGAGCUGACACAGCCACAGGUCCAGGCAGUAGAGGAGGAGACCAGAAACCAGAGCUUAUCAGCAAUAUGGUUUAGCCAAAGAGCAGGAAGGAUCACAGCCUCAAGACUGAAGCAGGUUCUACAGACUAGUCUUGCACAGCCAUCAAAGUCCUUGAUCAAGUCCAUAUGCUACCCAGAGGCAUACAAGUUCUCUACAGCUGCAACAAGGUAUUUAUUAGGGAUUAGGGAGCCAAUCAGAAAAGCAAACUGUAUACAGUUUUUCUCAGACGCGGAGGGAUACCGACUUGUUGUGAAAAGUAACUUACAAUUCUACCCGUGGUAUACGCUGAUUAGAUCACGUAUAUCAGUAAGUUACAGUACAAGUAACUUAUAACUAAAUUCAUUAUCAUUACAAAACAUGAUUCACAAAAUAUUCAAUGCAUAAAAAUACAGAAUAAGUGUGUGUGUGUGUGACUGACAGGUAUGGAUGCAAAUACGAGGCAACUGCCCGAAAGCAGUAUGAAGGAGUACAAAGUCUGCACCACCAGGAUUUCAGCUGUAAAGACAGCGGGCUUUGGCUGAACCCUCAAUGGCCAUACAUCGGAGCGUCGCCAGACGGAGGUGUCACGUGCACCUGCCAUGGAACUGGUAUCUGUGAGAUAAAGGUAAGUUAUUUGUUCAGUAUUGUGCUACAGUAAAGCGGGUAAGUAUAGGAUUAUGACGUGAUCCUGAGUCUGGGGAUCCUCUCCCAAUAC